CGAGGUUGACAGGAAGAUCUCUUGUGCAGAAUGGCGAGCUGGAUGCGAUCGGGGGUACGUCGACACGAUGGCUAUGAAGAUGCCUGUCUGCAUGUGUCGAGUGUUUCAUCUUUUCGUGGCAUUGACCUUGUCGUAUGCGCGCGCUGCAGUUGCAAUCCAUGGUGGACACGUCACGACGAUUGAAGGAAGAGAUCUUGCAGACAGCGGGGGUUCAUGACUCGGGAUGUGCAGACCCAGUGCUGGAUACGCGAACUCAGCGGUAGAUCUGUCGUAUAUCCGUUCGAUUACCAUCCUUUCCCGUGCAGGUUUAACCAGCAAUGCACAGCCAUUGAACGAUUGCAUGCGUCGACUGCUGAGUACUUGAAGCAAGCCGAUGCCAUGGCGAAGGCGUCCUCCGCCCUCGUACACGAUUUCAAGGCAUUUUUCAACCUUCAACUGGCUCAGGGAAAGGCCGACAAGGAAUCGGAGGAUUUAGUGCGACAACUCGCGCAAGCCUCCGAGUGCCUGGAGAGCAUCCAUUGGGGGUUGAAGAGGUCGGUCCACGACGCCUGUCGCGCUCUGCUAGCCGAGCAAGUUUUGAAACCCAUCACCGCGCUUAAGCUAAAGAACGCCAACGUUCUCAAGAACGUACAAGUGCGAAAGCAAAAGAUGCUCGACUUCGACGCGCUCCGACGUGCGACGAGCACUUCGAGCCGGCCGUCCCCAGAAUCGCAAGCCAAGCUCCGCGCCGCCGAAGAAAGCGUGGCGAAAGCGACGGCGGACCUGAACGAGACCUUUGAUAGAGUCGACGACAACCGAGGCUACAUCCUGCGCCACGAGUUCCUUGCGUUGACCGCUUCCCAAAUUUUCCAGGCCAGCAAGAGCCACGUGGCUCUCCAGCAGCUGCUCCCUCUGAUGCCUGGGGUAGCGGGCCGAUUGUACGACUUGACGGUGAUGUCGCAAGCGCCCGAGCACGCAAGCGACCCGAUCAAGAAUGCCGCGCUGGGGGUGCUCGACUAUGCUGGACCCAACUGUCUCGUGGAAUACGUCGUGCUUCCACAUCAUGCGAGUCAUAUCGUGAUCUAG